AUGAAUGUGCCCAAUUUUACUACCAUGGAAAACUUUUUCCCACCGAUUUCUCAAUCCUUUGACAGUAAUGUGAUUCCAAGAGUUACUACACAAACGCCAGGUACUCAAAGUGAUGCCAUUCCUGCAGUUCCUGGUAUUUUCGUUGUUGUGUCUUCAUCUUCAAUACAAAGGCCACCAUGCAAUGAAGAGUUUGAACCCAUAAAAAAUCCCUUUGGAUUUGACAACGUGAAAAACUCCAGUCUUUCUGAAGCCAAUUUUCGAAAGAAAGCAAAACAAAAAGCAGCAAGUUUCACAGAUGAACAACUUUUAGAGUUUGAGAACAAUGAAUCUUGCCUGCAUAAAGCUGUUAGAACAAAGGAUAAUGAAUAUGUAUUUGCUUUGUUAAAAAGGCUUAGCAACUUCAAUUCAGACAAUCUUGACAUUAUAAAUGCAAAAAAUGAAAAAUCCCAGACUGCUCUCCACCUGGCUGUGCAAGAGAACAUACCUGCUAUAGUUCACCAGUUAAUUAAACAUGGUGCUGAAGUGAACCAUUUGGCAAUGACUCCUUCUCAGAAACUGGAGGCACCUCUCCAUUAUGCUGCAUCACGAGGGUUCAAGUUGGUCUUGAAGUGCCUUUUGGAAGCAAAUGAUUUGGAUAUCAAUAUAAAGAAUUCAGAAGGUCAAACAGCUUUGCACUGUGCAGCUCUGGCACACGGAACUGGAACUUCUAGUUUGGAUCAAUCAAUUCACAAUGAAUACAUCAUUAAAAAAUUAUUGGCAUGUGGCGCACAUCCAUUUAUACAGGAUAACAGUGGUAAGAAUGUGCUUAUGUAUGUUAUAGAAUCAAAAGACGUCAAUUUGCAACUGAAAUUGACACUUCAAGCCAAAUCUGAACCCCUAGAAGUGACCCUCUGA